AUGGGCAAAGGCAAGGAAAUUGAUACCGCUAGCGGCGGUGCCACUGGGACCUUCGAAGACCCCCACAAACUCACCUUCAGCAUCAAAGAUCUCCCCGCGAACUCCGUAGUUCUCUAUCCCGACCAAGCGCAGAUUACCCGUGACAUUGAAAAUGUCCAAUUGAAACCGGGUGUCAACGAAGUCACAAUUAAAGAUCUGACAGGAUAUUGCCAAGAACACUCGAUCAAAGUAGAGGGUAAAGGCGAUGCCGUCAUCACCGAUAUGGUCGUCGAAAUAGCAUGGUUCACCAGACCUCCCGGGCAAGGUCUCUUCGGCCAGCGUGCCCAGACCAGCUUUUCAGAUGAUUCUUCAGAAUCAGAAGAUUCGGAAUCCGAGUCUGAAUCUGAACUUGACCCGGAGGAAGACCCUGCAUUUGCUGAAAUCCGACAGAUCGAUAAGGACAUCAAGGAGAUUCGUGCUUCUGCCCAAGAUGCCGCCGAAGAGUUGAAGAAUGCCGAAGUUCAGCUUGGAGCAUUGGAAAAAUAUGGUGGCACGAUUACAGCUGAAGUAGCUGCCCCGGAGACCAUGACCCAGUUCUUAGAUGCGUACCAAGAGUCGCGCAAGAUCUUGUAUAAGCAGCACAAAGCUGCCAAAGCCACACUCGAGAAGCUGGACAAGAGCUUGGUUGCUAAGCAGAAAGAGAGAGCCAAGAAGUUGAAGGGGCCGACAGCUGCUAAGCUUAAGGCUGUUAGGGAUAAAGCUAAGUCCAAGGCAAAGAAAACCGAGGCGAAGAGAGAAAAGAGAGAGCAAAAGGAGGCAGAGAGGCGUCUUCGCCCCGGGAAUAGCUAUCGCGUCAAGGUCAUGGUCGAGACCAACUCUGAAACUGAAGCUAGCCUCACCCUUAAAUACCUUGUCUACAAUGCCAAGUGGUAUCCACGCUACGACUUACGUCUCGACAGCACCUCCAACACUGGACAAAUCGUUUACCGUGCUCAUUUCGAGAACAAGACAUAUGAGACCUGGCGCGAUGCAAAGAUCACCUUCUCGUCAUCAGCCCAAACAUUUGGCGGGUUGAGGGAAGUCGUCCCUGUUAUGACACCUUGGACACUCUCACUUCAGAAAGGAUUCAAUCGCUUUGCCGGGGAUUCCGAUAACACCGCGGGGUUGUAUUCUAUCAAAGAGCAGCAAGCUCUUGCAAAGAAAGGCGUUUUGUUUGGUAACAACAAGCAACAGCAGCAGCAAAUGCAACAGCAGGCAAAUAUUGUUCAGGCCCAACAAGCCCAAGUUAAUCAAAUGAACCAACAGCCGGCGGCGAAAAUGGGUGGGCUUUUUGGACAGGCGAAUAUAUCGAAUAACCAGGGAUUCGUCGGCUUCGGCCAACCAGCUCCAAAUCAAGCGCCUGCUGCUGGCGGAUUAUUUGGUGCUCCAAAUAGCAAUAACAUUCCAGGAGCAUCUACUCUAGGUGAUCUCCCUGUUCAGGGCGCCUCCAACCCUUUCGGUGGGUUCGGCGCAACUCAGCAAGCAGCUACCGGUUUCGGACAGGCCACAAGUCUUUUUGGGCAACAAGCGCAAUCGGCCUUUGGGGCGACUGGAGGCGCAUUAUUCGGUGGCGGAGGUGCAGCUCCUCCUCCUCCUCCACCUCCUACGGAUGCUGAUCAGAGUGGGCCAUCAAAUGAAAAGCCUGAGGGGGACCCAGCGGCUGGAGAUGAUGGUGCUUCUACCCUUGCACCAUCCCGUGCCUCGAUGCUUAUCGCUGAAUCCAGCAGCUACGAGUCUUACGGAAUGACGACCGCGUAUGACAUCUCUGGCUUGAAAACCAUCAAAUCGAGUCCUCUUGUCCGGCGCCAGGUGAUCAGUACUAUUGAUCUUCCGUCUGUCAUAUUCACUUCAGUCGCAGUUGCUAAACUUCGUUCCGCUGCCUUCCUUAAGGCUCGCUUCAAGAACGCUUCCAAGCAUACCUUCCUUCGUGGUGUCGCAGGACUCACUGUCGACGGUUCCUUCUUGGGGCAAACGAAUAUUCCACAUUGUCCUCCUGACGAUGUCAUUAGUCUCUCACUGGGUGUAGACACCGGAGUUCAUGUCUCCUAUGCCAAACCUACACUCGUUUCUUCAUCCCAAGGAUUUAUUUCCAAGGAGAAUGUCACACUCUACAAACGUUCAAUUUUCAUCCACAAUGCCAAAUCGCAACAAUUGACACUCACGGUCCUCGAUCAAAUCCCAAUCUCUGAAGAUGAGCGCCUUAGGGUUAAUGUUGUUAAUCCCAAGGGUCUCCGUGAUGGCGGGGAUCCCGUCAAGACCGGCGCUCCUGGUAGUACCAACCUGGAUAACAAAUGGGGCGCUGCCUCUGCCGUUAUGAAAACUGCUGGGAAUGGAGAGAUCACGUAUACUGUCAAAUUGGAGAAAGGAAGAAGCUGCAAGUUGCCAUUGGAGUAUGAGGUCAAGUUGCCCGCCGGCGAGAAGAUCGUUGGACUAACUUAG